CGAAAGUUGUAGUUGCAUUCAGAAUAAUAAGUUGAAAACCGAAUAUGGCAAAUGCAUAUCAAAUGCUCUUAAUCAUUUCAGCUUUUCAUUACAACAAACUGUUUGUAAAUGUAAUGGAAACAAUAUUAGAAAUGAAUGUGGAGGAAAUGAAAAAAUAUGAAUAUUGCGUUAAAGUAGUUGUUAUUUGCUAUACUUCACACGAUAGUCCUACUGAUAGUGACGACGACGAUAAGAACUAUGAUUACUAUAUAAAGAAAAACGGUUGCAUUAAAGAAGGCCUAUCUGAAGAAGACAACACUACAUAUUGGAAACAUGCUCAUCAAUGGCAACAUGAAGUUGAGGAUAUACUGUUGGAUCUGAAUAUACUUACAAUUUCCGAACUAUAUGAUAAUGGAAAUUGUAUAAAAAUCGAUUUAAGCUUAUAUUUCCACAUACCUAAAGUAGUUGUAUGCGAUCGGAGGAAAAUGUAUGGGGAAACGUUUAUUCCUAUCAUAACAGCUACAGCAACAACAACAACAACAACAACAACAACUACCACUACUAUUUCAACAACCACAAAAACAACUACAACGACGACAACAACAACAACCACGGAGCCAACAACAACAGAAAUCAUUGAGCAUGGACCGCAAUGUAACGAGAGUGAUCAAAAGGGAAAAUGGAUCAAGGAACAGACGGAGUUAGGUCGUAGAUUGCCUACACUGGCCUCCAGACUUCCGAAUGUCGUGGCAAAGCUAAAUGUAUUAUUGAAGCGGAAUUGUUGUCCAUAUCCUAUUAUUCGGGAUAGAGUCGAGAUAAUCAAUGACAUCGUCGACCUUUUAAUACAAUUAUUCUGCGUUCCGUUUACUGAACGAGCGAAAUCUACAGGCUAUGCAUUACUUGAUAUUGAGAAUUUCAUGACAAGACUAGGCGAACUAAACCUACAUGCACCUCAAAAUAACCGUUUCAAUUGCAGUUGCUGCAGUGACUGGCAAGUUGAUGUUAAAGGUGUAAUCGAAAGAUUUAGGAAGACAUUAAUAUCCAUAGUUCCAGAUUAUGUUUCAAUCAUUUCCAUACUUAAUUCACUGAGUGGAAACCAAAAUAUUCUAGUGCAAAAUUCAAAAAUAUCCGAAGAGCAUCUCACAGCGAUCGCAAAGAUAAUCGAUAAUAAUAUUAAUAUUAAUAAAGGCAAGUGUUUCAGCAACUGCACGAAACUCUUACGACCUUUGAUGUGUCCAUAG